AUGUCUGAGAAGUUCCCACCUCUGGAGGAUGAGCAAGUUGCUGUGUCAGAAUCAAUUGAGGAGACAGAUUUUUUGAAAAGAGAAGCAGAGGCUCUUGGUGACGAAUUUAAAACGGAACAUGAUACAGAUUUAUUAAAUAAUUCGGAUGAAGAACAGUUCUCUUCAGAACAGCAGAACCAGGAAGAUCAAGAUGAGCUCGCUGAGUUACAGGCUGCAUCUCCAGCACUUCCUUCGCAAGCUCCACAAGAAACAACUAAUAGUGAUGCAGCAGAAAUUAUCAAUAAGUGGAGGGAAUCCCGUGACAAGCAGGUCCAUGAGAGGGAUGAAACUUUGAAGAGUCAAAAAUCAGGAUUACAAGAACAGGCAAUCAAAUAUAUCGAUGAUUUUUAUGCAAAUUAUAAUGAAAAGAAAGAACAAAAUAUAAAGACCGUUUCUCAAGAAUCUGAAGAGUUUCUAUCUAAAAGAGAUCAAUUCUUCACCCAGGAUAACACCACUUGGGAUCGUGUCUUGCAACUAAUUAACGAAGAUGACGCUGAUAUCGUGGGUGGCAGAGACAGAUCCAAGUUUAAAGAAAUCUUACAAAGAUUGAAGGGAAAAGUAGACGCUCCAGGUGCAUAA